UGAUUCCCGUUAGCAUUUUGUGUGUGCUCUUCUACCUGAUAGCCUGCUCUGUGUGUGCUCGACUCUCCUGCUCUCCAUAAGCUCUUGGGGAUAGGAAGUGUUUUCCGUUUCUCUCGUGCUCUCGAUCUCCUGUCCUUGUCAGUGCUUUGCCGCCCCCUCCCAUAGUCCUUCCUGGCUCCUGGUGCACCGUUGUGUUUUUCAGGUGCAUACCCAGACCACAAGUCUGCCUGACGACUUUUGACAAAUUUGGGUGUAGCCAGUUCGAGUGUUUGCCACGACAGCUCACCUGCGACCAGGUCCGAGAUCCUGUUUGUGACACGAACCACAUGGAGCACAGCAAUCUCUGCACUUUGUACCAGCGAGGGAAGAGCCUCUUGUACAAAGGCCCGUGCCAGCCCUUCUGCAGAGCCACGGAGCCCGUCUGUGGGCACAAUGGGGAGACCUACAGUAGCGUGUGCGCAGCCUACUCGGACCGCGUGGCAGUCGAUUACUAUGGGCCCUGCCAGGCCGUCGGGGUCCUCUCAGAGCACAGUUCUGUCACGGAGUGUGCUGCUGUGAAGUGUCCUUCGCUCUCGGCAGCUGAGUGCAAACCCAUCGUCCCACCCGGUGCUUGUUGCCCAUUAUGUGCUGGGAUGUUAAGAGUUUUAUUUGACAAAGAAAAACUGGAUACAAUUGCCAAGGUAACGAACAAAAAGCCAAUAACGGUUCUGGACAUACUUCAGAAGAUCCGCAUGCACGUGUCCGUCCCACAGUGUGACGUAUUUGGAUACUUCAGCAUUGAAUCCGAAAUAGUGAUCCUGAUCAUUCCUGUCGAUCAUUAUCCCAAAGCUCUGCAG